AACCAACCAUUGACAUUAUUGAUACAUCAACUCAAGAACGACGAAUAGUGAAACGAAAACAAGAGGAGACCGAGGGAAAUUAUGGUAGAGAAAACAAUCAUAAUAAGUCAGCUGCAGGUGGCGAUUAUCCGCCGUAUCUUUUGCGUGAACUUGCACCACUCAAUGAAAUUCGAAAACGAACGUAUUCUCAUUGGCAACUCAUAUCGCCUACAGGGUCACAGAUGAUUGAAAGUGGAUUUUUCAAUUGUAACGUGGGCGAUAGAGUAAUUUGUAUUUAUUGUAAUCUUGUAUGUCAACAGUGGAUGCUAACUGAUGACCCAAGUGAGAUUCAUAAAUUACUCUCACCCGACUGCUGUUUUGUUAAGUCAAACCUGGUAUAUUCCACGACACCAACACGUACUAUCCUCUGUGAAACGGCUGGUGUCCCGACAGAUUGUGAGAUUGUACGCAUUCAGGCAUGUAACCAACAAUUCAUGGAAAUUCCCAAACGACAUGCAACAUUCGCUACAUGGCCGGCGGAAGCGCCGCUGCAAUCAAUUGACGAUCUCGUUCGAGCAGGUUUUUUCUAUACAGGUACAAAAACGAUUGUCACCUGUUUUUAUUGUAAUGGCUCAUUGCAGAAUUGGGGUGAAGACGAUAAUCCAACAAUUGAACAUGCGCGAUGGUUUCCGCAAUGGUAA